AUGUCGUUGAUGGGUACACCAGCCGUGGUGAUGGACAACGGGACCGGUCUUACCAAAUUAGGAUUUGCUGGGAAUGAUUCUCCAUCUUAUGUAUUCCCUACUGCCAUCGCUACAUCAUCCAAAGUUGGUCAAGGUAGCAACAGUAAGAGUCUGCUUGUACUGCUGAAAAGAGGAUUGGAGGAUUUGGACUUUUCUAUUGGAUACGAAGCUCUUUCGGCAGCAUCCGGACCAAACUAUAAUUUAUCAUAUCCAAUUAAACAUGGUCAGAUAGAAAAUUGGGACCAUAUGGAACGGUUUUGGGAAGCAUCUAUCUUCAAGUAUUUACGGUGUGAACCUGAAGAUCAUUACUUUUUAUUGACCGAACCCCCUUUAAAUCCUCCAGAGAAUAGAGAGAAUGUUGCUGAGAUUAUGUUUGAAUCCUUCAAUUGUGCUGGUCUUUAUAUUGCCGUGCAAGCCGUGUUGGCUUUAGCAGCUUCAUGGACCUCUUCUAAGGUUCAAGAUAGAUCUUUAACUGGUACAGUCAUUGAUUCCGGUGAUGGUGUGACUCAUGUUAUCCCUGUGGCCGAAGGGUAUGUCAUUGGCGGUGCCAUUAAAAACAUCCCCUUGGCUGGUAGAGACAUCACCACUUUUAUACAAUCAUUGUUGAGAGACAGAGGUGAAGCCGAUUCAUCGUUACAAACCGCAGAGAAAAUCAAACAACAAUUUUGUUAUGUUUGUCCUGAUAUCGUAAAGGAAUUUAGAAAGUUUGACGAAUAUCCUCAAGAGAAGUUUGCUCAAUAUGUUGUUGAAUAUGCCGAUAAGAAUAAGAACAAGGUUGUUGAUGUUGGGUAUGAACGGUUCUUGGCUCCGGAGAUUUUCUUCAAUCCGGAGAUAUGUUCCUCUGAUUUCUUAACACCUUUGCCCACCGUAGUCGAUCAAGUGAUCCAAGCAUCUCCUAUUGAUGUGCGUAAGAAGUUGUACAAGAACAUUGUAUUGUCUGGAGGGUCCACGAUGUUCAAGGAUUUUGGCAGAAGAUUACAAAGAGAUUUGAAGACUCUUGUCAACGAAAGAAUUGAAGCCAGUGAAAGAUUAAGUGGAGUUAAAAGUACCGGGGUAGAUGUUCUGGUGAUUUCUCAUAAGAGACAAAGAAAUGCUGUUUGGUUCGGGGGAUCCUUAUUGGCUCAAACUUCAGAGUUUAAGAGCUAUUGUUUCACCAAACAUGAUUAUGAUGAACGGGGUCCAAGUAUUGUUAGAAACUUUUCUUUAUUCUCUGUACCAUAA